UUGCACUUUAACUCCGGCAUGAAUUUAAUACAUGACAUUGCAUGCAUUUGCAAUGCAUGGUGUGUUAAUCUAAACAGAAAGCAGGAAGUGAGUAGUGUUAAUUGUGCCUUUACAUAUAAAGAGAAUAUUUUCAUUUUCAGCCCAGUUUAUUCAGUAGACUUUUAAUACAGUCAGUAUCACCAUAGCUUUUGGUUUACGUUAUGUGAAUAUAAAUUAAAUUACGUUAAUUUGAACAGACCUCUAAAACGGUUAUAAUAAAACGAAGCAUUGAGAGUUAUUUAAAUUAUGAACCAUUACACAUGUAAGAGAUAGUAUUAUCUGUCCUGUUUAUAAAGUUAUAAUUAAACAAAUAGUAAAACUGAAAACGUUGUUAGGUUUAUUAGGCGAGGAAGCAGAAACACAAUUUAAAUACAAAGCUUUUAUUACCUGUGAAAUGUCAGGUCAUUUAGAAAGAAAGAAGCACGUUGUGUGUAAAUGGAUGUAAACAUAAUUCAACACAUCUCGCUUUCAACCUGGGUGUAAUAAAAAAAAACAGGACAAACACGAGGCAGAUAUUCUAACAGUUCAUUUCCUCGUGUUUUUCUCCAUACGAUAUGCGUAAAGAAGACCCGCACCGCGCUUAAAUUAUUUAUCCCCCUUCAUUCGCAGCAUCCGCGCUUGUAAUGUGAGUUAUCAACGCUCAAUUUAAUUAUUUACAGUAAUUGUGCGGGAAAAAUGAAACAGGCUGAAACGUUAUAUCUGCGACAUGUGUUGGGCUGCAGUGGAAGAUGUGCUGCUAGGAAAUGUUACCUAAAAGUGUUUUUAUUGGUGGAAAGAAUCCGAACCUUAAAGUCUAAAUUCACACCACGUCCGGGCCUAUUAAUAUUAUCAUUAUUAUUAUUAUUAUCAUCAUUAUUAUUUUAUUUUUAUUAUUAUUAUAAAACCUAAAGUUCUCCUGUUGGUAAAUUAGGGCACAAAAAUCUUCAUAAUACUGGGGACUAAAAUUGAAAUGUGCUGCGUUUGUAUUUAGUUGUACAGUUAAAUUGCACCGUUUUGUAUGUAACAGAAACGCUUUGAAAUUGGGAAAAUAACACAACCAAUAGCUCUCUCCGUCAAAACUAGACGCCAAAAUGAGGUGACGUCGACGGAAGCCGUGUGUUCUGCAGGUAUGUAAUGUUAUGCUCCCCUGUGCCGCUGUUGUAUCCCACGCAGGGCACGGCGGUGUGAACCAGCUCGGCGGGGUGUUUGUGAACGGCAGACCCCUCCCGGACGUGGUGAGGCAGCGGAUCGUGGAGCUGGCCCACCAGGGCGUCCGGCCCUGCGACAUCUCCAGACAGCUACGGGUCAGUCACGGCUGUGUCAGCAAAAUCCUCGGCAGCUAUCAGAAGGCAUUUCAGAGGUACUACGAAACCGGCAGUAUUAAACCUGGAGUCAUUGGUGGCUCCAAACCAAAGGUCGCAACUCCGAAAGUGGUGGAUAAAAUUGCAGAAUACAAGCGCCAGAACCCAACCAUGUUCGCGUGGGAGAUAAGGGACCGGCUAUUGGCUGAAGGCGUGUGCGACAACGACACUGUUCCCAGCGUGUCAUCCAUCAACAGGAUUAUCCGCACCAAAGUCCAACAGCAAUUCCACCCGUCCCCGGACGGAUCCGUCACGCCGCUCUCCACGCCCGGCCACACCAUAGUGCCCAGCACGGCCUCCCCGCCCGUGACCAGCGCCUCCAACGACCCCGUGGGGUCCUACUCCAUCAACGGCAUCCUGGGCAUCCCCCGCUCCAACGGCGAGAAGAGGAAACGAGACGAUGUUCUCUGGAGUGGCAACCACUUGGAUGGGAGGAAAAUAGGACAUUACGGCUCCGACGGCUCAGGCCCGGGCAGCGACUCCCAGGGCAGCGUGGAGAGUUUAAGGAAGCACCUGCGAGCGGACGCCUUCACGCAGCAGCAGCUCGAGGCCCUGGACCGCGUGUUCGAACGCCCCUCCUACCCCGAUGUCUUCCCCACUUCAGAGCACAUCAAACCUGAACAGGCGAACGAGUACGCCCUCCCAUCCCUGAACGCCGGCCUGGAGGACGUGAAGCCCAGCCUCUCCACCAGCGCCAGCGCCGAGCUCGCCUCCAGCGUCUCCCAGAGCUACUCCGUUGUGACAGGUCGAGACAUGGCCAGCACCACCCUGCCUGGUUACCCACCCCAUGUCCCCCCCACAGGACAAGGCAGCUACCCCACCUCCACACUUGCUGGAAUGGUUCCUGGAGGGGACUUUUCUGGAAACCCUUACUCUCAUCCACAGUACACCACUUACAAUGAAGCAUGGCGGUUCAGCAAUCCAGCAAUACUAAUGCCGCAUCCCGUGGAUCCGCACCUCCCGCUGCUGCCACUGCCUACGACCGUCACUAGUUACCAUGGAGACCAGCGCAAACUGCAGGGCCAGGGCUUCGGCCUCCAUAUUGUUCCCGUCUGAGAAACACUGAGGUCAAAGGGAAGUGAGGCGGAAUCCCAGCGCGAACCCCGCGGUGUUGUGUCGUGGGGAGGAAGGACGGACAGGGUGGACCCCCCGGUGCGUCGAGACCAGCUGCAGCGUUACACACUUCGGGCUCCGCAGGCAUUCAGAAUUACUCCCUGACUCCCUCACAGGCCUGAACACUUCCAGAAUGACUUUAAGAGAUUAUAUAAAUAUAUAUAUUAUAAAAUAUAAAUCGAAGAAAAACAGUGUGAAGAAUACCAUGUGGAAAAAAAAUGUUGUGGGUUUUCAUUUUUGUUUCUUUGUUGCUGUUGUUGUUGUUAUUUUAUUCAUGGAUCCUCACAUUCCUUUACGAGAUGAACUGCAGUAUUUGUCUGCAGUAAAGAGGGAGAGGCAAACGGUCCCAUAGCUUGAGGAUGCAGCGAUUUGAACCACUGUUGUAGGACGGGCUUUACUCUGGUGCUUUGACCACAUCGCCUGCUCCCAUCCCACCCGUCGGCGCCCACGUCACCGGACGCAUGACGCACGUGCUGCCGCGUUUACUGACCCACAGAAGACCAAUGGCUGCAACACGCUCCCCGUGGCAAAGCGAUCAGAUGUAAAAAUGUAAAUCAUUCUUCAACAUCUUUUUCCAUAAACUCAAUAUGGCUUUGUCAGAAUUCUGUCACUAAUCUAAAAAAAGAGAAAGGUAUCAAACUUUUUGUGACGUUUCCCUCUGUUUCCAGUCAUGUUUAAUCACGCUUGGCUACGUUUUUGCACUAUAACCACAGCUUAUUUCAUUCGGGUCCAUUUAUUUAUAAUUCUGUCAAAUGACUGUUUGAGGUUCAACCAUGAGUAGAUACUGUCUUCAUGUAGAGGUGAGGAUUUCAGAUUCUUUUCAUCUCUCCUGGAGUAUAUUUCAUUUAGCUACUUAUUCAUACCACUAGAUGCCUACACAGUUUACAAAGCUGUACGCAGUUGAGCGAACCAACUGUAAAUUUGCUUCAACAAUUGCCUUACAGACUUUUUUUUUCUUCAUGCCUGUUCAGUGAAGUUAACUGCCUUUACGAACACUCAUUCACCACCCAUCUCGCGUUCUAUUACUCUCCAUAGGGACGGAAAGGAAAUACUGAUUCAGUUUGUUUUUGGAAAAUAUUUUGUGAAUGUACUUUUAACUACAUUUGCCAAAGACUUAGUUUGAUAUUUAAUAUUUUAUUUACAGUAUAUGUAUGCAUAAAUAAAGCAGUAUUAUCUUUUAAAUGCGUAGUCGACACUGAACAUGUAUGUCGUGACUCAACAGGCAAACAACAAGAUGCACAUGACUGUGAUGAAAAAGGUGAAAUUCAGUGACUCAUUAUUCAACAGUUGCAACAAAUGCUGCUUUGUAGGAUGAUUUGUGAAUAUGUGAAGACAAUUCUUCUCUGUAAAUAAUACAACACCCACCAUUACAGUAUCAUAAUAAUGUACUGGCUCCCUUUGUAGAUAUACAAACUAAAAAAAACCUACAUUACGUUUGUGUCUCAAUGUAAUGUUGUGCUUGGAGGAAAUGCACAACGACUGUGUAACCUGUGGCUAAAUCAGUCCCAGGUUUCAGAUGCUAACAUCACAUAGGUCGUCUUUGUCAUUUUAUUUUAUUUCUAUGAUGAUGUUUUUAUGUCACUAUGCAAUGAGUUAAAUGGCUUUCUGUAUCAUAUUUUGUUGUUAGGCUCAGAACACGUAAUCCCUGUGGAGAAAAGCAUAAAAAUGAAGGAGUGCAAAAGCUCUGCGGUGUGAAAUUCCUCUCUAGCUUCACGUUUGUUCCCGAAGUCCCUUUUAAAACGAAGACGUGAUCAGGCUGAAGUCUUCUGCAACAGUAGAUCGCGGUUAAUAGAUGUUGUGAUCAUUGCCUCAAUCCAAAUCGCAGUCGUGCCACCGUGUACAGAACUGCCCGACUCUCCUCUUCCUCUCACUACUACAACUGCAGUACCACAAGUCCACAACCGACAUCCAAAGCAAACUUUACCUUCCACGCUAGCAAACGCGUCGCCCGGUACCAGGGUCGACUGUCGCCGCUGAGGGCACCAGAGAGCAGAGAGACGGACUGCGGCCCCGCUCCCCAACAGAAGCUCCCCGCUACAAAUUGCACUUGGGAUUUGCCUAUUUCCGUCCACUUGCAGCUCGACGCCGCUGUCGUUCAGGCCAAGUCUCUGCUUCAGCAAGUGGAGCACCUCGUGAGGAAUGGGUCCGCUGUUGUAAAGAUGAUACAGGAGAUGUGUCAUGGACAUAAAAAGGAUUUCUGAUGAAAAACCCAUACAGAAAGCCUCGUGGCCUCAAUCAUUGUUCGUUUUCAGUUCUGUUCCAAUUCUUUUUGUGCACAUGAGAAAUAAAUUCUUUUAUAUGUCA